AUGUACAACUUCUUUUGUUUCAUCACAAAAACAACUGGUGAGCUGGCUAUGGAUGAAUCUCAGGCGAUCCAAAUUCUCAGAGAUAUACUCAUUGACAAAAGUUCCAGCUCUGUCCUGAAGACACUGUACUCGAGGGAGCCCUACGAGCUCAUUCCAAGAGUUGCACAUCAAGACGCACGCCUUACACAUUUCGAUUCACAGUCACAUCAAAAAUUAAGAGCAUAUGCUCAAUCGGCACGGCCACUUAAGUUAAUUAUUGAUGUGCCCAAACACGAAUGGAGAACGAACCUGAGUUUCAACAAUACUCCUGCUAACUCCAUAUUUGAGAUACAACUUUAUGAUAGCAUUCAAGCGACUGCAUCGCAAUGGCGCAAAAUUGAAGACGUUCCAGAAAAAUGUAAUGUGAUAAUGCUGACGUCAUCAAAGGAGUCCAGAUUUGAGCUAGGCGAGCUCGAUACCUUUGAUUGCUCAAAAAGAGCCGACAUAGUACCCGAUGUUCUAGCCGUCAUUUUUGACGCCGUAGCUUCCGAACUUUCUUGCACCGCUACUGAGGGAGUCGCGUUGGUGAACAUUGCUUGCGAUAUGGUUGAAUCACUCAAUAAUUCCAGUCGCAAACGGAUUCAGAAUGCCGAGAAGCAAACAGAUUAG